UGAGUGCGGAAGUGUGGGAGCAGUGUGCCCUUCUGCAGCAGCCUGGCUGCUCCUGCACAGUGGGUUUGUGCUCCCUGGCAGCGCUGCUGGAGGCGCAGGGCUUCUUCUGCUUCGGGAGAUGCAGUUUAGAGAAAGAACAGACCUUCCCGUUAGUCCUUAAUUUGGGCUUCCCUCUGUGCCUUCCGCCAGUGUGUUGUAGGCAUGCGCCCUCUCGCUGUCUUGCCCAGGGUCAGGAUGAUGAGUUGAGAAGGUGCUGCUGGGGUUAACAGCGGGGUAAAGGAGGGGUAGUGAUGCCUGGUCAAGCAUUGCCAGGGCAUCCUCUUUGUAAAGGAGGCUGCAGCACUGUCUGCUGUUUGUUGCUUCCCUCCUGGCUCUGAGGAGGUGGUGUGCGGGCUGGAGGCAGCGAAUGCGCAUGGGAAGAGGCAAGGCUGAGGGGGAAGUUUGGCUCGCUUGCAGGGAAAACGUCUCUCUUUUUUUCCUUUGUUCCACAUAAACCCGGCCAGAAUUAACCACUGACACUGCUUUUUCAGCAGGGAUUUUUGCUGUCUUUCCAUUCAAGAUUUGGCGGGUCAGGCCAGCCACCGGACUCCACUGCUCAGCAGAAUUGUUCUUCUCAGCUCUGCCAAGGCCUCGGAGCUCCCUGCAGCAAGGAAGAGGACAGGUAAAUUCUACCCCGUGCUCUGUCCUUGCAGGGCCACCCUGAACCAUGUCCAGCGACCCUCCACCGCCAUACCCAGGAGGCCCCUCAGCGCCGCUGAUAGAAGAGAAGCACGGACCCCCCCCCGCAGCAGAUGGCAUCCCUCCGGUGGUGGGACAACCCCAGGGGGUUCCCAUUCCUCCUCCUGAAUUUGGGCCCCCACCGUACGAGCCACCCUCGCAGCCAGGGUUCAUACCCCCCCACAUGCCCACAGACCCCUCUGGACCCUAUGUGCCACCAGCAGGUUACUACCCCCCACCAGGCCCUCACCCCUCCAUGGGCUACUACCCGGCCCCAGGCCACUACCCCUCUCCUGGCGGCCACACAGCCACAGUGCUGGUCCCAUCAGGGACCGCCACCACCGUGACAGUGCUGCAGGGUGAGAUCUUCCAGGGCGCCCCAGUGCAGACAGUGUGUCCCCACUGCCAGCAAGCCAUCACCACCAAGAUCACCUACGAGAUCGGGCUCAUGAGCUUCCUUCUCGGCUUCUUGUGCUGCUUUGUGGGGUGUGAUCUCUGCUGCUGCCUGAUCCCCUGCCUGUUCGAUGACUUCAAGGAUGUGACACACACGUGUCCCAAUUGUAAGGCCUACAUCUAUACAUACAAGCGCAUGUGCUAACAGCACCCCAGGAGCCCGAGCCACUGGAAUGACACCGGCCCCUCUCCCACUGCCGUCCUCGUCCCCAUGCGUGCAACACUCCUUUGCUUAACUCUC